UAUCUUAACGCAGAGACGAAGCCGACGGCAAACAACCCUGUGUCUAAAUAAGGAUAUUUUGGUGGUAUCAAGAACUAUGCUUCAGCGGGCGCGGCGGGUGUGGUCAAAACUCUUUGGUCGGUACCUCUGGGUUACCAACACCGUGAGCUGCGGAGUUCUCUUAGGGGUCGGAGAUGGUAUCCAGCAGCACGUAGAGCGAGCACGAGGAGUUUCCACGAGCGAGCGUUACGACUGGGCAAGGACAAAACGGCUAUUCCUUGUUGGUCUGAGCCAGGGACCUCCUCAUCAUGUGUUCUAUGUCUGGCUGGAUAAGGUUUUACCGCAGAAGAAUGCAAAGACGGUGUUCAAGAAGAUUAUGGCCGACCAGUUCUUAGCGGCUCCGUUCUUCGCCGUUACUUUCUUCCUUUUCGCUGGCCUCCUGGAAGGGAAGACGCUGCCCGAAGCCUGGAAGGAGUUCAAGCAGAAGUUUCCGGCCGUUUAUUUGUUUGAUUGGUUCAUUUGGCCACCAACACAGACAAUCAACUUCUAUUUUGUCCCUCUGCAGUACAGGGUUGUUUAUAUAAACUGCGUUACCGUUGUUUGGGACGUCUUCCUUUCAUAUAUGAAGCAUAAGGACCAAGUUAAAAAGCAAGAAAAGGAAAUUUGACAACAAAGCUGAAUAGUAUUUUGUCAUUUCUAACAUGUUUUUAUGUUCUGUAACAAAUUUAUUAACAUAUAAUUAACAAGGAAUAUUUACAUGUUCUCAGUGGUAAUUGUUUUACGGCCUUGGAACCUAAGGGUCACGGAUGGCAUGAUGUGCUUGCUAUGUCCAUUACAGUUAUAGUUUAUUAGUUGUCUUUACACAAGUACCUUAGCACCAAGGAGGAAAUUAUUUGUCCAACAUAUCUCAUCUCUUUACCAAUUUCCUUUAUUUUUUUAAAGAUUCCCGUGCAUUUUUUAUUGUUAUCAGCAUUUUAAUAACGUUAUAAUAAUUGUAAUGUCAGUGGCAAUGAUAACAGCAUUGGUUUUAAUAGGAUUAGAAGAAAGUAUUUUUGUCUCUGAAAAUUUAAGGAAUGGGGAACUUGUGUGAGGACAUUAGUGCCUACUAAUUAACUCCUUGAUGACUGAGCACUUGUAGAGCCAUCUGGUUACAGGUUUACACAAAAAGCCACAGUUGACGGCACAGGAACCAGUGACCAAUGAGCCAAUAAUCAGUUAUUUUUAAGCUGAUCAAGUGGUUAUUUUUGCUUUUUCCUCAAAAACUUGAGAGAGAGAAGGAAAGCUGACACACAUGAUGAUGAUAUACCUGUGUUGUGCUUACAUUGAAGUCAGUGCUACAGGUUAAAAGAUGUUUGUUCAUUAAGCUAUAUUCAUUUAUUUUAAAGUUCAGUUCAGAAUAUAUACCAGAUAAUAUAAAGAAAAAUAUAUAGGUAAAAUCCUAGAUUUUAUUUCCUUUUAUUCACUGCCAUUUCUCAGGGUGAACAUUUUUUUUUUGUGAUAUUUUAUUGUAUAAAACAGAAGGUCUUUACAAAUUUUAAUACAGGAAAUUACAUCCUGAUAUUGUACACCAGUUUAAAAGCUUAGUCUCUGGUAAAUUUUUUCUCAUUUUAUGAAUAGAUGGCAUUCACGUGAUGUGAUUAAGAUAUGCAAAUUCCAUAUAUUUUUUAUAUUAGUGACAUUAAUAUGGUUGUUUUAUUGACUAAUAUUGUAGUAGAAUUUAUGAUGGUAUCUGACAGCCAUACAUCACUUUAUAUGUAUUUAGUAUAACGAGUGAGAGAGAGAGAGAGUGUGUAUGCGUGUGCGUGUGUGUGUGUAAGGUAUGAAUGAGAAUGAAUAUCUUCACAAUACAAGAGAUGUAUUAGACCGGUUUCAAUUAUAUCAAUUAUAUAAUCAAACCAGUCAAAUACAUCCCUUGUAUUGUGAAGUUAUUUAUUCUCAUUCAUAUCUUUUAUACAUUUGU